AUGCAAGUUUGGAAAAAGUCGUUUGGGAGUCCUCAGAGCUCAGCACAUCGAAAAUUUGAGCGACGACGGCAAUUUCUAUCAGACAGUUAUUACUUUGAUCGGUCUCGACCGCAAAGCCGUCACGAUCCGCCGAUGCUUUCCGUUUUCCAACAUAACGAAGAAGAUGAUUUCCUAAGAAAUUUGGCCAAAUCCCGCCAGCAAAGUAGAGGUAAAACUGUCCAAGUCAACGGUAUCUGGACGAGUCAACCAUUCUGCCAAAAAGUUGCUCUCAAACCGCGACCGCCGUCAGCAAGCAGCUUGGGAUUUGCCAGAUCCAAAAGUUGUGCGGACUUAUCAACGCUCAAGCCGAGAACCGAGCAGUCGUCGAAACGGCAACAUUACUCCCGACCGGUUACCACGACGCGCGAGCAAGCGAAUCAACUUUCCCCUAGUCCAUACGAAAGGCUAAAUUCUCCAGCUGAAUAUACGACAAACAACAGAGGAAGCUACAAUUACAAUACUAGCUCGAACAAUCCUAUGGCUGUCAAUGGAAAGACCGAACCGUCUCUCAGGAGCGAAUCCUCGACGGAUCUCAACCGGCGACACCCACAGAAGUAG